AGGAGAGGCGGCCAACGGCUCGGCCAAUCAGAGAGCGGCGGGAGUUUUCAAACUUCAAGCAGGAAACAGUCGGGAGACAGUUGGAGCUCCACUGCGGUUUUCCGAGUUUUUACGGAGACUUUGGGACAUAUUCAGGCGCUGAGAGGACAGACCGGGACACCGAGACCCGCCACAGCACCGGGACACCGAGAGGCGACACAGGAUGGCGGAUUUAGCUGCGAACGGCUGCUAUGAACGUCUGACUGCUGAGCAGAUGGAUGAACAGAGGAUCCAGAAUGUGGCCUAUCAGUACCUCUGCAGGCUGGAAGAGGCCAAGAGGUGGAUGGAGGCAUGUCUGGGGGAGGAGCUUCCUGCUCCCACUGAGCUGGAGGAGGCGCUGAGGAACGGAGUCAUUCUUGCAAAACUGGGUCAUCGCUUUGCUCCGAGUGCGGUCCCUCUGAAGAAGAUCUAUGACCCGGAGCAGCUCCGAUACCAGGCUGUCGGUCUUCAGUUCCGUCACACUGACAACAUCAAUCACUGGAGAGAUGCCAUGACGGCGCUCGGCCUACCGGCGAUUUUCCAUCCUGAAACUACCGACGUGUAUGACAAGAAGAACAUGCCAAGAGCCGUGUACUGCAUCCAUGCGCUCAGCCUCUACCUGUACAGACUUGGUUUAGCUCCACAGAUUCACGAUCUGUACGGAAAAGUAAAGUUCACAGAGGAAGAGAUCAACAACAUGAAGCUGGAGCUCAACAAAUAUGGGAUCCAGAUGCCCGCCUUCAACAAAAUUGGAGGAAUCCUGGCCAAUGAGCUGUCAGUGGAUGAAGCUGCAGUCCACGCAGCGGUGGUAGCCAUUAAUGAGGCGGUGGACCGAGGAGAUUUGAGUGUCACGGCAGGGGCUCUGAGGAACCCUGCUGCUCUCCUCACUAACCUGCAGGAGGCGCUGAUGAGCAUCUACCAGGAGAUGCUGCGACAAGCGAGGAGGAGGAAGGCUGAACGGGCUGCCAGCAGGCGGGCAGCUGCAGAGGACAAAGACAUGUAUGAGGAGUAUCUGACUCAGAGGGAGAUCCAGGACUACAUCAAUGCUGUCAAUGUGCGGGCAGCAGUUGAGCAGGUGGACGAGGCUCUGGAUGCCGCAGACGAGCUCGCUCUGCUGUUGGCUCUGCAGCUGCCAUGUUUGGCCCUCAGGGGCCUCCAUACUGAUAACGGGCCCUGGUACCUGGACCAGCUGAACGCAGACCGCCAACAGAAGGCGCUGGAUCAGGGCUCUGUGGAUCCUCUGGAGCGUGACGAGCUGCAGGAAGGCAUCACCACCGCCAACCACGAAGCUCAGAGCGCCAGAAACUUGGAUGUAGCGCUACAGAGCGUUAACGUGGCGCUGCGUGGAAAUGACCCCCGGCACACAGUCAGCUGCCUGAUGACCUCUGACCUUGAGCUGCCUGAAGUGUUUCCAUCUGCUGCGACACUCUAUCACCGAGAUCUGCAGCUGCUGCAGAGGCAGACCGCACAGGGGGAGCUGCUGUUGGAGGAGCUCUUUGUUGCUGUGGAGAUGCUGUCAGCCGUAGCGCUGAUCAAUCAGGCCCUGGAGGCAGGACGCCUGCAGCAGUUCAGCUCCUCAUUGGUCAGUCCGUCUGCAGCACUUUCUGAUGUAGACCCCGCUCUGCUCGACAGGUACUUUGAGUCUUUGGUUGGCGUGAAGCAGCAGGUGGGCCGAGACCUACUCACCUGGAAUCAGCUGCAGGAAGGAAUCAAUUCUGUGAACGGGUCGGCACAGGACGAGCAGCAGCAGCUCCUGGCUGUCGGCUUGAUAAACGAGGCUGUGAUGAUUGGAGACCUCCAGCGGCUGCUCUCUGCCCUGCUGCUGCCCUCUUGUGGUGUGGACGAGGUUUUACCUGCCAACAUCUGCAGGUACCUGACCUUGCUGAGCAGAGCCAGGCAGCACAAAGCUCAGGUGACCAGAGACCCGGGAGCCGAACUGUGGUUGGCUGAUAUCCAGGAGGCUGUGAGGACAGCCAAUCAGCAGAGUCAGAAAGCUCUAAAGUUGUGUCUGUCCAUUGCUGCGGUGAAUCAAGCCGUGAAGGAGAACAGGGUGAAGCAGACACUGCGAGUUCUGUCUCUGCCGGAGGCGGAGCUUCAAGGAGUUCUACCUGAUUGUUCUGCAGAGUAUCAGAGAGAGCUGAGUGCCCUGAUGACACACCGCACACUAACAGGAGAUAACCGCAGUCCGUGGGUUCGAGUCCGGCUGCAGGAUGAGUCCUUGUAUUACUUCAACCUGAACAGACUGGAGGGCAGCUGGGAGAAGCCCCCCGGCUUCGUCCACAACAGCGUGUUCAUGGACCGCCACGACAUACAGGAAGUGGUCAGCAGUGUUUCCGCGGCGUACAGUCGCAGCGCGCUGUGGCAGAACAGCGAAGCUUUCAUUGUUCGCCUGCAGGCUCAGUGUCGAGGCUUCCUGGUCAGAUGGCAGUUGGAAGCGCGACGUCACUUCCUGAUGAGUCAGACGCCCGCCAUCAUCAUCAUCCAGUCUCACUGGAGGAGGUUUGUCCAGCAGAGGGCGUACAGACAGCGGCUGCAAUUCCUAUAUAAAAACUGGAGAGCUGUCGUCAAGAUCCAGGCAUUUGUGAGGAUGUGGUUGGCAAGGAGACGAUAUCGAGCUCGGCUGAGUUUCUUCAGACGUAAUGUGGGCGCUGUCAUAAGGAUCCAGGCCUUCUUCAGAGCUAACAGAGCCCGUGAACAGUACAGGAUGCUCGUGCACUCGGCCACGCCCCCUCUGUCUGUGGUCAGGAAGUUUCUUCACCUGCUUGACCUGGGUAAUAGUGACAUCAGAGAGGAGGCAGAACUCCUGCGUCUGAGGGAGGAGGUAGUGAGGAGCAUUCGCUUCAACCGACAGCUGGAGGCCGACCUGGACCUGAUGGACCUGAAGAUCGGGCUGCUGGUCCGCAACCGUGCCACAGUGCAGGAAGUGGUGUCUCACUGUAAGAAGCUGACGAAGAAGAACAAGGAGCAGCUGUCGGACAUGAUGGAUGUGGAGAGGACUAAAGGCCUGAAGGCUCUGAGUCGAGAGAGGAGGGAGAGACUGGAGGCCUACCAGCACCUGUUCUACCUGCUACAGACUCAGCCUCUGUACCUGGCUCAGCUGAUCUCUCUGAUGCCUCAGAGUCGCUCCACCUCCUUCAUGGAGAUGUUGGUGUUCAGUCUUUUUAACUAUGGCUCUGACCGACGUGAGGCAUUUCUGCUGCUGCAGCUCUUCACUGAGGCACUGCGAUACGAGAUCAGGCUAAAGGUGGAGCAGCCUCGGGAUGUUAUCACAGGAAACCCCACUGUCAUCAAGAUGCUGGUGAACUUCUACCGCCACGCUCGCGGUCAGAACGCCCUGCGUGAGUCGCUGGGUCCGGCUCUCCAGGACGUCCUCCUGGACCGGACCCUCAGCAUCAGGACCGACCCGGUGGAUGUCUACAAGACCUGGAUCAACCAGACUGAGACCCAGACUGGACACAAGAGCGUGCUGCCCUAUGAGGUUUCCCCUGAAGAUGCUCUGGCUCAUGCUGAAGUUCAGAGACGCAUCGACAUCGCCAUCAUCAACCUGAAGAACUUGACAGACCGAGUCUUCAAAGCCAUCACAGCCAACCUCCACAAGCUCCCUUAUGGUCUGCGUUACACAGCCAAGGUGCUCAGAGAUACUCUGAAGGUGAAGUUUCCUGAAGCCAGCGAGGACGAGCUCUACAAGAUCGUUGGUAACCUGGUCUACUACCGCUACAUGAACCCGGCCAUCGUGGCUCCGGAUGGCUUCGACGUGGUGGAUCGUUCAGCCAGCUCCACCCUGCAGCCCGAGCAGCGCCAUAUCCUGGGCUCCAUCGCCCGCAUGCUGCAGCACGCCGCUGCCAACAAGCACUUCCACGGAGAUGGGUACCACAUCAGAGCCCUGAACCAGUACAUCAGCCAGACCCACAGCAAGUUCAGGAGGUUUCUGCUGUCCGUUUGUGAUGUUCCUGAACCAGAGGACAGAUUCAGCAUGGACGAGUACUCAGAGCUUCUGAUCGUCAACAAACCCAUCAUCUACAUCUCUGUGAGCGAGUUGCUUAACACGCACAAGCUUCUGCUGGAGCAUCAGGAGGUUUUGUGUCCGGACCCCUCAGACCCCCUCAGACUGAUACUGAAGGACCUCGGACCAGUUCCCAGCCUGCAGGAGCUCAUCGGAGAAUCUUCGUCAGCAGCUGAUCCAGGAUCAGACUCCGGCAGCUCUCAGAGCAGCAAGAUGGAAGUUUCUCUGACCCUCACCAACAAGUUUGACAUCUUCGACGACUCCGAGAAACCAGAUGCCAGAGGACUUCUGCUCAGCACUAAACAGCUGAUCAUCGACGUCAUCAGGACGCAGUCAGGUGACUCUCUGAGUGACAUCCUGAGAACAACACCAUCACGUGACCAGGAAGUGUGUCACAACUGGCUGAUGCAGCGCCGCGCCCAGCAGGACGCUCGGACUCCUGAGAAGCUGAAAAGAAACCAAUCACUGGUCGCCAAUGGCAACCUGAGCCUGGAGGAGAAGAAGAGAAAGAUCCUGAGGAGUCUUCAUCGUCUGGAGGGACUCGGCAUCCUGAAACCGCCACAGAGCGAGAAUCAGAUCCUGCAGAUGAUCGCCAAGGACAUCCGUCAGCAACGUCUCCACCGCCAGCGCCGUGGGGCGGAGCUUCAGAAGCUCCGUCAGACUCUCAGCAGCCUUCAGGCCAAGAGCAGCUUCCACAGUGAGCAGGUGGACUACUACAGGCAUUACAUCACUUCCUGUCUGGACAACCUCAUCGUCAGCAAAUCGACCAAUAAGAAGGCAGCAGACAGCAAAGGGAAGAACAAGCGUCCUGCUCUGAGUUACAGCGCUGCCCGGCUACACGAGAAGGGAGUUCUGCUGGAGAUCGAAGACCUGCCGGCCACACAGUUUAAGAACGUCAUGUUUGACAUCGUUCCUGGACCUGAGAGGGGGAGUUUCAAAGUAAAAGCUCGAUUUCUCGGAGUGGAGAUGGAGGAGUUCCUUCUCAAAUACCAGGACCUGCUGCAGCUGCAGUAUGAGGGUGUGGCUGUGAUGAAGAUGUUCAGUAAGGCCAAAGUCAAUGUGAAUUUGCUCAUCUUCCUUCUCAACAAGAAGUUCUUCAAGAAAUGAAGCAAGUGGCACUCUGACUCUCACCCAUCUCUGUGUCACAGUGUCAAUAUUCUCCUAUCUGUGUAUCAGACUAUAUAACAGAGUGAGCACUCUGCCUGGAUCUCAUGCUUUUAUAUUAGUGAGGUUUAAACAGAGUGAUUUCUUCUUUUAUAAAUGUAUCUUUGAUAUUUUCAUGUUUAUAAACAGAGUGUGGCAUCUCUCUCCCUUCUAUCUCUGCUCUCUAAAAAGCUUUAAGCCUGUUUUAUUAUUUCACUUCAGUAUUUGGAUGUGGUGCAGAGUAAAGCAUCUUACCUUUGUCUCUUUGUAUGUCAUUCUGAAAGUCAACACGAGUCUCAUUUAGAGGAGUAACACAUCACUUUAGUCCUAUCUUUGUGUGCCAAAGAAUUCAAACACUAACCUGACUUUUAUUUUGAAGUUUUGGCUCUUUCAGGAGUCUGUAGUUAACUCAGUGGGCGGGGCUUUGGCCAACCUGGGCUGGUUUUUAUUGGCCACUGAAUUUGAAAUUUUUAGCUGCAUUGAGUUCUCACUGAUCAAUAACAGCUGAUGAAUACCUGUAAAUAUUUCCUGUCAUGUUCUUCUUCUUUCUUGCUGAAACAUUUAAUAAAUAAAUGUGAACGUUUCA